AUGAUACCAUUAGGAAAUACAAUUCACCAGACAAUAUCUGAUUACACACCAGCAGAGAGUAAUGAUCGACGAUCCUUUGGAGUUCAAACAACAACAACAACAAGCAGAAGUGUUUAUCAUUUACAUCCCACAUCUUUACAUGGAGAAGUUAAACCGCUUACAUACAGUUCACCUAAUGAAUUACCAGGAAAUAUAUCUAAACAAACAAUAAUAAACUCUAUGCCUUCUCUCUUAUUGGAGGGGGAUCCACUUUGUGUAGAUCAUUCACGUUUAUCUCGAUCUGAACAACGGGCUUCUAUUUUUAUGCAAGAUAUGAAUUCUCUUCUUACCUUUACGGCGAAAGAUAAUAAUAAUAAUAAUAAUAAUAAUAAUAAUAAUAAUAAUAAUAAUAAUAAUAAUAAUAAUAAUAAUGACUGGGAAAGUGAAGAUACUAUAAAUAGGAAUAAGAAUGGGAAACGUGAAUUUCCUUCUCUCAGUGAUUUAUUAGAAGGCCGUGUGUCUAUUCCUCCUUUGCAAAUCACAACACUACCAACACCAUCAUCAUCUAAUCUCUAUAUAGAGAGAAACCGUAAAGCCCAGCAACCAACAUGGAAUACAGUCGAUCCGAAUGAGUUUAGAAAAGAUAUUCACAUAAAAAAAAAAGAAAAAGAGGAGAUGCGAACAAAUAGUGUAAUGGCAGCGGCUUCUGCUUUUAUUUCAGAAACCGGUGGAAGUUCUCUGAUGUAUCCUCGUCUAUAUAAUACAGAGAAAAAUGGGAAGAAUUUCAACAGUGCGAGAGGAGUACACUUUGCGGAAACACAUCCCACACAUUCAUCAGAGAAAAAAGAAGAAACGGGAGAUGAGAAGAAAAAAAAGAAAAAGAAGAAAAAGAAGAUGAUGUCAGAUGAGAAAAGUGAAGAUGUGGACGAGAAGUCAAUGACGAUAACGAAGAAGAAAAAGAAAAAGAAGAAACAACAACAGGAAGAAACAAAAGAGAAAAAUAAUGAAGGGGAAGGAGAAUAG